CUCUUCACCUCAUUCAUCCUCAAGCCCCACACACCCGGGAAGCGAAGUCACCACUUUGCCUGAGGAACGACUUGAACGCAACCUGCCAGCCCUUCUGCUUCAACCUAUUACGGCUUGCCACCUCCAACAUGGGAAAGAAGCGCGUUCUCGUGAGCUAUGGCGUUGAUGUAGACGCCAUAGCCGGCUGGUUGGGUUCUUAUGGCGGAGAAGACUCUUCCAAUGACAUUAGCAGAGGCUACUUCGCGGGCACCAUCGGCGUUCAGCGGGUCCUGAAAUUCCUCGCAAAGUACGAUGUAAAAGCCACAUGGUUUAUCCCCGGGCAUAGCCUUGAGACCUUCCCGGAAGAUAUGGCUGCCGUCAGAGAUGCUGGCCAUGAGAUAGGCCUCCAUGGUUACUCCCACGAGAAUCCAACGGACAUGACUAUCGAUCAGCAGAGGGAGAUUCUCGACAAAACAUACCGCAUGCUCACAGAAUUUGCGGGAAAGCCCCCCAGAGGCAGCGUUGCGCCGUGGUGGGAGACCAGCAAGGAGGGCGCCCAGCUGCUCCUGGACUAUGGUAUCGAAUACGACCACAGCAUGAGCCACCAUGAUUGCCAACCAUAUUACCUGCGGACCGGCGAUGAGUGGACAAAAAUUGACUACAAGAAAAAACCAGAAGAAUGGAUGAAACCUCUCGUCAGGGGCCAGGAGACCGGGCUCGUCGAGAUCCCGGCGAACUGGUACCUAGACGACCUGCCUCCCAUGAUGUUCAUCAAGGACGCGCCCAACAGUCAUGGAUUUGUGAAUGCGCGUGACGUUGAGGAUAUAUGGCGCGAUCACUUUGACUACUUUUACCGGGAGUACGAUAACUUUAUAUUCCCCAUCACUAUUCAUCCCGAUGUCUCUGGCCGUCCACACGCGCUUCUGAUGCACGAGAGGCUCAUUGAACACUUUAAGAAGCACGAGGGUGUCGAUUUUGUCACAAUGGAACAGAUUUGCGAUGAAUUCAAGGGGAAGACGGCGCCGCCACCGGGUGCUAUCAUGCCUGCGGAGCGCGGGGCCAUGCUUAAGAAAUGACGACAGCUAUUAGACAGCCGGAUCAAAAUAAUCAGUAUGGAAUUCUAUCGUUCGG